AUGACUGCUACGCAUACAAGGCACUGCACCCGCCUUUGCAACGCUGCGGCGGCCCAAGAAGACGGGCCCGUGUGCCAUGCAGACAAAGUCGGCAACAGCUUCGAGUCCAGCCAGCGUUUGGCUUGUCGCGAGUUUCAGGCCUUCGAUAGUGAACAUGGUUGCGUCCUAAACAACUCAUAUCUGAUCUUCGGCAGCGCUUUCCAGUUGGCUAUCUGUAGCCUUCUCACCAUCGCUGGUGUCUUUUUGCAUCGGCGACGGGACCUGUGCAGCAUAACGCAAGAUGGCAGUGACCUAAUUCUUCAUUUCUGCAAUCUGCAGCUGGAACCAGACAGACUGGGGGACAAGGGAGCGAUCCCUCUCCGACUGGAAGAUUCCGGCCACGACAUGCUGGGCCCGGGCAGACUGCUGACGUGCCAGCUUCUCGGAAGCGGACGGGCGCAGCUCCACUUGGACGAGGACGUGCCAGCCGUUCUGAACAUUCAAGAAAUCCAGUGUGACGGCUCUGCUGUCUUUGGACUGGGCUGGGAAGUCCGCCACAUCACUCUCAGCAAAGUUCCACUCGGACUGUGGCUGAUUUGGCAUUCAGUGCUGGCAUCAGUCAUUCUAGCUUCCUGGGCGGCUCAGGGUGCUACGCUUCGGACAACGCUUGCUUGCACACUCGUCGUCACGCUGCUGACUGUCGCUGUUGUUCAAGCGCUUCGUCUAGCAUGGAGGUGUCCUCCAGAAGUCAGGCAACGAUGCAGGGCGAAGUUGCUCGAAGAGCUUCCACGCCGGGCAGCGUUGUCUGCAGCUCUCUGGGCAGCAGACAAGACAAAGGAAUGCGAGUCGCGAGCAGACUUGAUGGCUUUGGGUUGGAGCGGAGAGCAGCUGGAAGACUACACGCGAACAACUUUGCAGAGACAAAGCAACGAAGCCGGAAUAUGCGUGGCCUAUCUCACGUCCGACAGAUUUGCCGACCUCGUUCAAGCUCGGGGGGCAAGCAAGGCUUCUACCUUCCGCCAGCUCAAAGAGGUUUUCUACUUCGGCGACAAUCCCAUAGGCAAGAACGUGAUCUGCCCGCGAGACGGCCGAAUGGGAGCCUCUUUUGUCGACUCGGGUACCCUGCCUCGGGAGUCUCGUGCGCCGUGUACGCAUUACCUGUCCUGGUCUUGGCAGUACGAAGUUCAAGUAAUCACGGAUGCCUUGGAACACUGGGUCGAGUCUGAGAAGCUGGAUGCAAGCGAUGUCUACCUGUACAUGUGUUUUUUUGUGAACAAUCAGUUUCGGAUUCUGUACGAAGCUGGUGGCGCUGGCAGUGACAAUUUGGAAGACGUCUUUGAGAAGCGACUUCGGCAUGUUGGUCAUGUGGUGGCAGUCCUGGAUGCCUGGGAAGAGCCCGCUUAUCUCACAAGAGUUUGGACUAUCUUCGAGCAGUACACGGCAAUCAAGCUACAUGUCCCGGUAACGCGGCUCGGUUGCUGUUAA